UUUACAACAUGUCCGACGGAAGGUUAUCCACAUUGGUUCAUGAGACGUUUGAAUAGGCUGAACACAUGUUUUCUUGAAAGGAAAUGGAACAUAAUGAAUUGUAAAUGUGUACAAUCUACCCGAAAAGCCUAGAAUGCUGACGAUGAUGAUGAUUGACUGAUAUGCAGAAUGUCGGAGUUCCGAGUAGGAGGACUUUUCUUUACCUCCAAGUUUGAUUCUGGAAACCUGACCCGGGUGGAGAAGGUGUACAGGGAUGAUGAGGAAGAAGGCGGUGCCGGUGGGUUUUAUGGUGAGCCCAAACCAGACUUUGAAUUCAAUGUAUGGACCAAGCCUGAUUGUGGGGAAACCGAGUUUGAAAAUGGCAACAGGUCAUGGUUCUACUUCGGGAUCAGAGGGUGGAAUCCCAACAGGCUAAUCAAGAUCAACAUCAUGAAUUUAAACCGACAGGGCAAGUUGUAUAGCCAGGGCCACGCCCCCUUCACAAGGACGCUUCCCGGGAAACCUCGUUGGGAGCGCAUUAGGGACAAGCCUACAUAUGAAACAGUGGACGGUCAGUUUAUUCUCACGUUUACCUACCGAUUCCUCGACCUAAAGGGAGCUACUGCCUACUUUGCAUUUUGUUUCCCGUGGUCUUAUACUGAGACCCAGGAACAGCUGAAUCUACUGGACACGAAAUUUGCAGACGCCAAAAAUCUUACCACAAAAAGUAACCCAGACAGCAUUUACUACCAUAGAGAAGUUCUUUGUAAGUCCUUGGACAAUCUACGCAUAGAGUUAGUCACCAUUUCAUCUUGCCAUGGUAUUGUUGAUGAAGAAGAGCCUCGUUUUGACAGCAAUCUCUUCCCAGAUAAAGAUGUACCAAGACCUAAGAAAUUCCGAGGGAAACGGGUGUACCUGUUGAGCAGUAGAGUCCACCCAGGAGAAACCCCUGCCAGUUAUGUCUUUAAUGGUUUUCUAGAUUUGAUUCUAAGAGAAAACGACCCACGUGCCAAAGCCCUUCGCAAGCAAUUUGUUUUUAAAAUGAUUCCGUUGUUGAAUCCUGACGGAGUUCAGAGAGGGCAUUACAGGACUGAUCAGCGCGGAGUGAACCUCAACAGGUUAUACUUGGACCCCGACAUCAAUAGUCAUCCAUCUAUCUAUGCAUCAAAGAGCAUUCUAGUGUAUCAUCACAUUAAGAACCGUGUUAUUAAGGAAGGCGAUAAACUAGAUAUCAAAAUCACUUUCCCAGGCUCGAAUGUUGUGUCUUCUAGUCCAGAUAUUCCAAAACAUUCAUCCGAACCUGCCAAAAACUCCAAACUCCCUCCAAAACCUGACAAAUCAAGUAAUGGGCAGGCGACUGGUGGUGCUAACUCAAGGGGAGACAAUAACGCAAACAACAGUCACAGUGGUCUAAAUGGAGGGCGUGUCAGUGCUGAAAAUUCCCUUCAGACAAAAGAAAAUUCUUGGGUGACUGAAAAUCAUGAUGGUGGCCUGUUGCCUCCCAGAAUGAAAGUAGAAAAGUUGAAUCUGGCUGGCCUAGAUGGGACUGAUACAUCACUCUACGGGGACAACGGUAUGCCAGCGGAUAUUUCUGUCGAUGAUCAUGGACGAGUGUCGUCUUCCUGUAGUAGUAUUCUUAGCAAUGCCACUAUACAAGACCGGAGAACAGUGGACAGCGAGUUGAGGCUCAGACUGUCGGAGUUAACUAUGUCGGACGAUAACUGUCGCGGGAAGUUAUCACACAUGAGUAUGUUGACUAUGAGUGUAGGGUUAAACGAUUCGGACAAUGAAGAUCCAGACACAGAACACCUGGGUAAUGAAGGAUCCGAGGAUGAAGGCAAUUUUACACCAGCUGUGAUCUCUCGUUCAAACUCUCCUCAUCUUUCCUCUCCUUGUUUACGAGAAAUUCCUCCUCAGGAAAGUGGCAUUGCUUUCUACGUUGACUUACAUGGACAUGCUUCCAAAAGGGGAUGCUUUAUCUAUGGAAAUUAUUUUGAAAACGAGGACACUCAGGUAGAGAACAUGUUGUUCCCGAAGUUGAUUUCCAUGAACACCGCCCAUUUUGACUUCACGGGCUGUAACUUUAGUGAGCGUAACAUGUACACGAAGGAUAAACGUGACGGGAUGUCUAAGGAGGGAAGCGGACGGGUGGCCAUAUACAAAGCCCUCGGCAUUAUACACAGUUAUACAUUGGAAUGUAAUUACAACACGGGGCGGAUGGUGAACCCCGUCCCUCCUGCCUACGGGGACGACGGCAGGGCAACACCCCCUCCCAUGGCAGCCUUUCCUCCUAGAUACACACAAGCACACUUUGAAGAGGUUGGCCGAGCUCUGUCCAUUGCUGCUCUGGAUUUCACCGACUCAAACCCCUGGUCCAGACUGACUUUGUCAGAGAUGAACAGUGUACAUGGCGUACGGGAGAGCGUAAAGCGCUACCUCCGAGGCAUGAGAGGAGGGCCAAGAAUUCCUAGGAAUCCGACCAAGUCCUUUGUUAGAAACAGCAUUACAACUAACCAGAACAAUAACCGUCUAAAUCGUACCAACAACGAUACAGGCCCCGGAGGACGUCCUAAUCCGGCUCGCAUGAACUCGGUGGAAUCCACCACUAGCAGUAACAAUUCUGCCUCGCGCUUCAACCGUCGUGACUUGCAGAACUCGCAGAACCAGAAAAGGGAGCUAGGGCCAGUUAGGGAGACUACCAGAACAACCGUUGUACCACAGCAGCGACGACGUGGAUCCAACGUACCUAACUUUGGGUCAUCUUCCUCGAGGUCUGUAGGUCAGCCCAGCAGCUCAGGCAGUGGUUCAGCGCCGGUCACCCUGUCAAUGACGAACGCUCACAACAGUGAAGUGAAGGUGAUGCGACAGCUGUCGGCUGAUGCUACCAUCCAUAGCCCUGAGGAGGAGAAAUUACAGCCACUACGUCAUGUGAAUUUGUUGGCUAUAGCAAAGAAAUCGGGUCCUCCGAGUCGGAUCCCAUUACCCACAGGAAACCAGCCUGUCAAAAUGGAUAUUCAAGCUCAGCAGGAUUUACCUCCCCCUCGGGUGCCGAGUGGUCGCUAUGGUCAGAGAUCAAAUAUGCAGACAUAUCCGUUAAAAAAAGCUAAUGCAGAACAGUUGCCGUCAGAAACUCCACGUCAUUCUAUACCCGAAGGACUGGGUGCCAGUCCUUCUUCUGUAGGCCCUCAUACUCCUAGUAACUUAUACAAUCUUAAUAACAUUCGCCAGAAUGCUACCUCAACCAUGGUGAAUAGUGCGCGCAGCCUACACAGCAUAGGACCGUCAUCCUCUCGGGCAGGCCAAGUGUCCUCCGCCAGCAUUUCUGGGGCCAACUACUCAGCCUCAGGACCCAACCUCAGCCAGCCAGAGGUGUCUGGGACCUUCCCUCAGCCCCCAUUAUCAGCAGCUGAGAACAACACAUUCACAGAACCUAACAAUGAAUCUCCGAAACGCCGUCGCCGAUACAUGUACCUGAAGAGGAGAAACCCCAGCCCUAAGAUGGGAAGUGCAGGGAACAAGGGCCAGCACAGACAGCCGGGUAUGGCAGACACUUCCAGUAGUGAAGCUAGGUCUGGUAGGCGUAGACGUCGCAAGUCAAUGAGGAAAGUUAAUCAGUCACCAUCAUCUGAUGAGACUGCAGGCCAAGUAAUGUUAGGUCUCGCAGCAGUGGACUUUGGUUUAGGUAGUGCUGCUGGUGGAAACGGCAACGCACUGGACGCCGCCAACAUGAAAGUUUCACCCAGCAGACACAGCAACAAUUUACUCGACAACACAGACAUUCCGAUCACCCUUAGGGAGCUACCCGGCAAUGACAGAAGCCACUUUAACUCCGCGAGAGCUACACCCAGUACAAUGACAUACGAUUACAGAAGGCUGACUCAGUCAUCAAAGACACAACGACACCACCAGGCUCCCAGUAAACUCACCGUCUUCUGGAUAGACUGAGCACAUGUAAAGCUUCCAACAGACCAGACAUCCCCAGGCUUCCGGUAAACUCACCGUCUUCUGUAUAGACUGAACACAUGUAAAGCUUCCACCAGACCAGACAUCACCAGGCUCGCAGUAAACUCACCGUCUUCUGGAUAGACUCAACACAUGUAAAGCUUCCAACAGACCAGACAUCCCCAGGCUUCCGGUAAACUCACCGUCUUCUGGAUAGACUCAACACAUGUAAAGCUUCCAACAGACCAGACAUCAUCAGGCUCCCGGUAAACUCACCGUCUUCUGGAUAGACUCAACACAUGUAAAGCUUCCAACAGACCAGACAUCACCAGGCUUCCGGUAAACUCACCGUCUUCUGGAUAGACUGAGCACAUGUAAAGCUUCCAACAGACCAGACAUCACCAGGCUUCCGGUAAACUCACCGUCUUCUGGAUAGACUGAACACAGGCAAAGCUUCCAACAGACCAGACAUCACCAGGCUUCCGGUAAACUCACCGUCUUCUGUAUAGACUGAACACAUGUAAAGCUUCCAACAGCCCAGACAUCACCAGGCUCGCAGUAAACUCACCGUCUUCUGGAUAGACGGAACACAGGUAAAGCUUCCAACAGACCAGACAUCACCAGGCUCGUAGUAAACUCACCGUCUUCUGGAUAGACUCAACACAUGUAAAGCUUCCAACAGACCAGACAUCCCCAGGCUUCCGGUAAACUCACCGUCUUCUGUAUAGACUGAACACAUGUAAAGCUUCCAACAGACAAGACAUCAUCAGGCUCCCGGUAAACUCACCGUCUUCUGGAUAGACUGAACACAUGUAAAGCUUCCAACAGACCAGACAUCACCAGGCUCACCGACAUAUUUAAUGACUAUAUGGCCGAUACCUGUAGUAUCUGUAUGUAGCUUUAAGACAAUGUAGAGCAUUACAAAUCCAUGACGUUGUCUUGGUGUCCAUUUUAAGUAGAAGUUUGCUUGGUUUAACAACUUGAAUUUCUACAUUUUAACUUACCAAACAGUUGAUGUUAUAACAGUUUUAUACAACCUAGAUCUGUGGUAAUUGUGAUCAGUAGACUGAUGUUUCCCAUUCUUGGUUUGUACAUCUGAACUACAAACAUUAUUUACCGUUUUUCGUUUUAAGCCACUUGCUACAGGUAUAGCUAGUUUUAAAGAAUCUCAUUAAUUUACGCUAUCAUUUACAUGAUUAAAGUGACUUUUAUCAAUCAAUUGGUAUUUCAAGAAUUGGAAAAACUAAAUUUUAUGUUUUAAUUUAUCAUGACUGUAAGUCUUUUCAAAGUGAUCCUUCAUAUGUGUUACAUGUAUGUUAUUUGAUCUGUUAUGGGAGUAAUAAAGCCGGAUAAGCUCGGUCAUAAGGUUAAUGUAAGUAUUUCUUCAAGAUCCUUGUAACAUUGCAAGCAAAAUGCUGGAAAAAGCAUUUUACAGUUACCUCUUCUUCAAUUAGUGUGUGCUAUAACUAAUGGGAUUGGGCUAGGGAACUGCUGCUGAUCAGGGAGUUCACUAAUGGAGAUAUAACACACAAAAACGUAAUGUACUUUAAAUAAACCGCAAAGCGGUUUAUGAUGAGAGUACACUCCGGUUUUUUGUGUUAUAGCUCCAUUACAUAAAAAAUAUAUUCAA